UUUUUCCAGUUUCCAGUCUCUGUGCUUGCCGAGGAUAUUCAUCAUCUAUUUAAGCCUCAGUUCUUCCUGAUUGUUUUCUGGGCUGUACAAAAAUGACUUACCAACUGUAUCGUAAUACCACCCUGGGCAAUACGCUGCAGGAAAGCUUGGACGAGCUGAUUCAGUAUGGACAAAUCACACCACAACUGGCAGUGCGAGUAUUGAUACAGUUCGAUAAAUCCAUCAACGCUGCCUUAUCCAACCGAGUUAAGUCACGGGUCACAUUCAAGGCGGCCAAACUGAACACCUACCGCUUCUGUGACAACGUAUGGACGCUCAUGCUGAACGAGGUGGAGUUUCGGGAAGUGCACGAGUUUGCCAAAGUAGACAAAGUGAAAAUCGUCGCGUGUGAUGGCAAAAAUGUCGCCGCAACGGAUGAACCAGGUCGAUAAUCUUACCUGCAUGCUGGGUUAUCAUCUGCUUGGCCGCAAUAAUGGACCCUCUCUAAGAUUUUGUUUCCCUUAUUUUAGUUUUUAAGUAUGCUCGAUUGAGCGUUUGAAGAAAUGUGCAAAAACAAAACAAUUACUUGUACCAUGUUUAUGAUUGUAGAACUCGGAAACUAAACCAUUUUACACACUUGCAAUAAAACUGUACCAUCAGUGAAAUUGUCUUUCAAAGUGUUGCAUUUAGUGUUAACGUCGUUCAGUCACAAAUUAGCUUUACAAAU